GUACUCGUUUUAAGGCUGAGUCGACCUAGGGGAGGCGCAGGACUGAUGAUCAUAUUCGUCGCUGUUCUUUGGUUCGUGAGCGGGACUUGAACUCGUGGCGCCAGGGUUGGGUGCUGGCUGGCCGUGGGGGAGGCGGCGGCGGCGGCGGACGAAGGAGGAGAGGGUUGUGUGUGUGGAAGAUUGGUUGAGGAGGAGUUCGUGGUCCAGGGAUACGCGCACACCCCCACGUUCGCAGAGCGUGAGGCUCCAGGAUGAAUUGGGUCAGCGGCUUGAGGAGCCAGAUUCGAUUUAAGGAAAACAAGGAACUGCAGAAGAACUUCUUCCAGAGGCACAAGUGCGAAGAGUAUCCGCAGCCAUUGAAGCUGCCAUCGCCACGGAAGCGGCAGCACAGGGACGUGAGCAUGGACUUGGUGUCUCUGCACAUGGUCAACCACAUCGCCUGCAAUGACACAAAGGACAACUCUCGCCAGGUCACCAAGAUGACCCAGGAGCAGAGUGGGUCGCGGAUUUGGCACGAGCACGUGGAGUUGCCCUCGUACCCGCAGGCCAAGAUGCAUGCGCCCUCACAGCUGAUGUUCGCCGACGGCACCAGCAGCAGCAACAGCAGCCAAGCGAAACACGGCUGUAGCAGCAACCGGAGGAAAGCUGUGCUAAAUAGAGCGUGCUUCAAGCCCUCAGUGAGAGCCAGGAAGAUGCCGCCGCCACCACCACCGAAAAACUUCCAGAGUGGUGGGGGGCAGCUGUACCCCAUUAACGAGCACCAUUUGCCCGCGGCGGACCCUGCUGUAUUUAGCGGGGGGCCCUCCUGCUCGUGGCCUCAGCCCCCCAAAACCCACUCCAUGGUGACGGCAGCGCAGAGCCCCUUCAUGCCAAUUUCAAGUCCGUGGAUCGUCGUGGAGAGCAACACAAACGCAGACGCGAUCUGCAGACGUGCGCUCUGUGUGGAGCAACGGGAUCUCGACACCUCCAACCCCACCAGCUCCUGGGCGCCGCGCGGAGUGGGGCCCAGCGCAGGUCACUUCAUGGAGAGUUCCGACUUCGCCCACGAGGCCGUGGCCCUGCAGGUCGUGCCGUCGCUCGUGCACUAUCAGAACUCGGACCACAAGCCCAAGACCCCGAGGCCCUUCCAGCUCGACACCACUGAGCACAGCCUCUUCGAGGACGAUGGCUUCUUCCUUGGCGAUCGUGGGCCCGCGCUGUUCCUCCACGGGCUGUCAACCUCCGGGCACACAUCCCCCAGGCCCUGGUUCGAGGUUGAGGACCCGUGGUGGCAGCAGCAGCAGCAACAUCAGCAGCAGUUGGGGUUAAAUCCCAUGCAGUGGGGGCUGGGUGGGCCUCCACAUGAGCCCCCCCAGGAGUAUGGCCCAGCAGACAUGGAGCUGGCCUCAGGGUUCAUCUUACAACAUCUGAGCGGCCUUGACUCAGCGUUUGACGGCAAAAUGACACCGGCCGUUCAUAGCAUCCGCGAUUUGCUCUGCUUUCAGACGAACACGGUCGCGGUGCCAGUACAGCAAAGAGGAGGGAGCUGCGAGAGAUCUGCAAUAUGGCUCCAGGAGAGUGCAGCGUGGAGCUUCACCAACGCCCACUCGGUGGCUAAUGAUCGCUGGAACUCUGCUCCCGACCAGAAAAUAAAUGCCCACGAGCAGGAUCACGAGGAGGAGGAGGAGGAAUCGCAGCCAGUGGGGCACUCCAAUAGACCCCGGCCCCCCCUGCAGCUGCGUGGGGCAUUCCCGUGCCGCGAAGGGGACCCUCUGUGCCAUCCAAAGCUGUUGUGGACGGUGCCUGGGUGCAGUACGUCCUCCAUGGAGUCCGAGAGCAGCCAAGUCUUGUCGGAAAUGUCGGACACAGAUGGGGACUCUGAAACCUCCGCGACCUGCAGCUCGCCCACACUCUCCGCAUCGUCGGGGGCGUCAACCGAUCGGCUGAGCAAUCAGCUGGUCCCCACGUGCACAUCAGAUGGUCCCUGCGUCCAGCGCACGGCACGGGGCCCGACGGAGGUCAUACCGAGACCCCGGGCUCAAAAGAAAGAGCAGUGGGUGGAGGAAGACGAGCAGAGAGAUGGACAUAAAGUGGAGGAGGAUAGGCACGAGAAGGAGCAUGAGGAUGAGGAGCAGGAGGAGCGUGAAGAAGAGGAAGAUGCUGGAGAGGUGGCCGAUCCUGCCGCGCCAGUCAAGGGCCACGCGAGCCGCCACGCGACCGUGCAGCGCGACCUGGCGCCCGAGAUGCAGCCCACUGAGUACUGGCGGCUGCUGCAGGUCUCGCACCAGCUCCAGAAACUCCAGCAGCAGGGGCACCAGCGGAAGAAGCUGGAGCUGCAGUAGUAAGAGCAGCAGCAGCAGUAGCAGCAGGGGUUAGCAGAGGCAGAGCCGUCCUUCAGCGCGGGGCUCAUUAGCGCGGCGGGUGGAUCCCGGGUGACGCGUGAUGGAUGACACCUGGGGCGAUCCAAGGCGUCCACCUCGGGUGCAGCUCCUAGAGGGCUGAGCGCCUGUAUCACCGCCUCUCUGCUUCCCUCCCUCUGCUCCCCCCCUACCCUGCUCCACUCCCCCCCUCCUCCUAACUUUACCGACCACAACUUCCUGAAGCUUCUGUGGAGGCCCCCAUCUCCCCCCCCGGGUGCUCGGCCCAGUUUUCCCGCGUCGCCGUGCCCCCCCCCGCCCCCCCCCCCCAACCACCGCUCGGGACGUCUCUCUCGUGAGAUCUCAGCUGGCUGCGUCAGAACUGCUGCACGAUGGGAAACACUGUUAACGCUCGAAGAACCAAACGCAAGGCACCGUCGGGGUGAUUUGUCUCUCAAGUGAGCAUUGAGGCGUAUAUUGUUGAUAGCCCUGCAGAGCCACGGAGCGUGGGAAUUACACAUUCCCGUUAUACGGACGAGUCGAUCACAGGGCAGCCACUGUCGAUCUUUUCUGCAAAGUGGCGCUCAUUUGAUCAACCCCGGAGGGAUAUUGGGCUCAGUCAG